UGGGUUCUUCAUUAGCUGGUGCCCAGCAGCCCGAUAUCCAAUCCCACUGGCCUUUCAGCAAAUCCGGUGGCCUUCCAAGUCGCAGACAAGCGUGAAGAAAGGGGUGGCGUUGUCCCUUGUCGGGCUCUUCUCAAUGCGCACCCCACCACCGCCUCCUCCUAAAUGCGUCAACAGCUGUGGGAGCUACAAGCCUACACUAUUCCCCCUCCUUUGCCUGCCCCAACAUCUCUCCUCUCCCAUGUCCCACCUUCUCUCUCUUCCUACUUCUUGCGCGUCUUUGUUUUAUUUAUUAAAAACUAAAAAGAAAAAGAGGCAGGCCCAUAUGAGAUGGGGAGACCUAUCAUUCUGGCGACGGCCUCUUGUGGACUCUCCGCUGUUCCCCAGUCCCAAAUGUCUCUCUUCUUCUAUUACUCCUGCAAGGCCCCCUUCUCUCCUCAGGCUAGUCUGCCACCCGAAAGCUAUGUCGCAUUUAUCAGUUGCUGGCUUUAAUUAUGCUAGCAAUGGACACGUCGCCCGAUGGGAGUUUUUGGACUUGAGAAGUAAGCUUGGAACCCAGUGGAGUUUCAUUCAUGGAUCAAGAUUGGUGCUUCGGCCGAAAGUUUCAAGAAUCAUCUACCAUAGAACAGGAUUUAGUCCAUCAGCUUUGUGUAAUCCGAAAACCCAACUAUAAUUUUUUCCAUCCAGACCAUCUUUCUUUGCUUUUUUGAAAGCUGCUUAUGUUUGUUGUUAUCCAGCGGAGAUCAUUUGGCUUGUUACUGUUGCUACGAGAAUCUUCGCUGCCUGAUAUGCUGCUUAUGUAGCAUCUUAAUUUCCUGCUGAGUGAUUCAACUCUUUUGAUAGAUUCAAGUUGGAAGCCCAGUUGAUUCUAGUUGCUGUGUUAAAAGAUUUUGGAUAAUUGAUAUUAAAACCGACCACUUAACUCUAUCUUGAUGAUAAUUCUUAGACAUAUUUGUAACCUUAAUCAAUAAGCGUUUGUCCCUGAUGAUUGUGGUGCUUUUCCGAAUCCUUGUUUGCCCAUUAUUUUCUAUCGAGGGCAACCUACAAUAUUAUGAUGCAAGCUCAUUUUCACUAGAUGAAGCUCCAGAUUGAGUUCUUCAAUAUUGAAGACUCGAGAGUUGAGACUUCUUUGUGCAAGGAACCUUCAACUUCGAACUUUAGACUCAAGUGUCUCAUCACUUAGAGGAAGAAACAUUGGCUUUACUUUGCUCUAUAUAUGUCUUCUGCUGACUAUAGAUCCUUAUAUCUAUAGCUUCCAUCCAUCUUGGUUACUAGGUCAGAGCAAGUUUUCAUCUUUUAUUUCUGCCAUCACGCACGGCUUUCACCGAUGAUCACCUUGUUUUUUGUUCAUUUAUCAUGUUGUAAGUCAGGUUCAAUGUUUGCUUAUAUAAGCUGUACAUGACAUUGUUUUUAGGGGUUUAUGCCAACUGAAUUGAAAAUGUUAUAUGCAUGGUUGUUGUAUAUAUGGCAUUGCUUUUUAUGGGCUGAUGCGAGUCAUUAAAAAUUAAAAUAUUAUAUGCACGGUAGUUGCCUAUGACAUUUUUUUCGGGGUCUAUGCAUCUAAAUAAAAAAUGGUAUAUGAGUUGUUUUUUAGGGGUCUGUACAAAAAAUUCAUAUGCGUGGUGGUUCAAUUAAUUUGUCAUGAUUUUAUGAACUUUGGAAAAAUAUGUUUAGUAUGUGUAUGAGCCCUGUAAAGAUAUCUGUUAUUAUUUUCAGUGUCAAUAUAUAAGGCAUUAUAUACUUCAAGUUUCUAGAACUGUGAGGAUUUUUUUUAUUUAUUUAUUUUAAGGAGAUGGACUUUGCUUAAGUGGUAGCACUUUAAUGAAUCCCUUCCCUACUUCACUACUGUUAAAUGCUUUUUUACCUGCUUCUGUCUUCCGUAUCAUUUUAUCAGUUCAUCUAGCACAAGCUUUUCUUCUGUGGUCCUGCUUAUGCAGUUCUUGUUUUUUUUUUUUCACCCUUCAGACUUUGUGGUUAUAUUAUGACCUGCCUCUUCUCAUUGCAAGACAUGAGUCUUCACUUUUAUUUUCUCUUUUACACUCCUUUUCAAGGGAUUACGAGUUCACAAAUUGCGAACAGUGCUUUCACUUGGGGCACAGUUGCUGUCCUUCCGUUCUAUGCUCUGAUGGUUCUGGCUCCUGAUGCCAGACUUACUAGAAGAAUGAUGGAGAGCAGUGCCCCUUACAUUAUUCUUGGAGUUCUGUAUGCAUACCUCCUCGCUCUGUCAUGGACUCCUGAUACAUUACGCUUGAUGUUUGCCAGUAAAUACUGGCUGCCAGAGUUACCUAGCAUAGCAAAAAUGUUCACAAAUGAAAUGACUCUGGCUUCUGCAUGGAUUCACUUACUGGCUGUAGACCUUUUCGCAGCAAGGCAGGUAUUUCAUGAUGGUCUAAAGAACAAGGUGGAGACUCGGCAUUCGGUUUCUUUGUGCCUUCUUUUCUGUCCGAUUGGAAUUGCUGCUCAUGCCAUCACUAAGGUACUGACCAAGAUGUCAAAUCAGUCACACUGAUGCUUAAAUUUAACUGCACAUUGUUUUUUUAUCAAUUCAGAAGAAUAAUGGACAUCUGAAAUUAUGCCAUUUCAUACCAUGGUGGACAUCAUACUUAAGCUUGUAAUGCCAGAUUUUUU